AGAGACGCCACUAAGUGUGGUAAGAAAUUUGUUGUCUGCAAAACUGAAACGUAUAUAAAUGACUCUUUGAAAAACCGAGCACCGAGGCAAAAAAUUUGCUUGUUUUGUACUGUUGUCUGCGAAACGAAACUUCUUGCUCUUCCACGUCUUGCUCACUCAUUACGACCUCUUUAUCCGGCAUUUGAAUUUCGCAGAAGUUGCCACCGGUUUUGUUCACCACAACGGCUUCAAUAUUGCUUCAUAUAAUCCGGAAACACCUUCAAUUGCAAUCGCCGCUACAUUGCCGCUACAAUUUUUGGACCCAUAACAUACAAGUUGGUUCGACUUCACCAGUGGUAGAACAUCUGAAAAAGAACUUCUCUGCACCACACCAGAAGCCCAACCUCAUCGGCAUCCCCGCGGAUCGAAGAAAAAGUCCAAGACUCUGUAUCAAACAUCGAUAUCGACCGACAUAAGAACCCGGCAAGGAGCUACUCCAGUAGAAAGGCGAGAUACAAUAAGCAUAUGCAGAAAGAAUCCAGCACAGCCACUGCGCUCAUAUUUUGUUGCACCACGUCGACUGGCACCACCGUCAAUCUCCGUCUCUUACAUUGACUAGCGAACGCUGAAAUCUCAAGUGAGAUAGAAGCACUCACAUCAACACUACGGUAACGACUAGUCCAAGUGCUCAUAAAACGCUUCUCAGAAAGAUAAUCACGACAAGAACUUCAUCUUCAGUUUUCGGACGGAAAAAAGAACAAUACUAAGCACCACAUCUUCUUGAUCAAAAUCAAAAAUUUCGCUUCAGUAGUCCGAAAGCCACUAGCUCUUCGAGAAGAACAAACGGCUCUUGCGUCGAGGACUGAGUCCUAGUUGACCAUCCCCAUUGCAGUAUAUAUCGUUCUUGCAGUACGUGAACACAGUGCGACAAGAUGAUCGCUUCCCCAGUGUCCCCACAGAGGGGUGGAGGUUUUGGGAAGUUCCUACUCCGUUUUGACUCCUUCCGAGAAAUACCGUCAGACUUGACCGAACCAACACUCUUGGGCAGUGUCUUUACGCUCUUUGGAUACUUUCUUUGUGGUACGUUUUAUCAAAUUUUGGUUCUGGCAAUGUCAAUGAUCUUGUUGUUGUUUGUUAUUUGUUUGUUUCGACGCUGUCAAUGACUUUGUUCCUAAUGAGAGAAUUGGUUCUCGUCAACAUCAUCUUCGAAGAUAGCAUGAAUUCAAGUCUUCAUCCCUUUUCAUGAUCCUUUCACCUUCAUCAGGUACUCUCUUCAUGUGUGAGAUGUGGGGCUUUCUUAGUGCAGAACACCACACCAGAAUAGUAAUGGAUGGAAACCAGGACAAGCAGUUGAGGAUAAAUUUUGACGUACUGUUGCACGACUUGCCCUGUCAGCAUUUGACGGUAGGCGUCUGGGAUUCGUUCGGGAAUGAGAGACUCAAUAUCAGUUCAAACAUCGCAAAAACGAGGAAAAUGCAUGAUGGUACUACUACCACUAGAGCACCAUGAGUUUCAAAAAUAUUGUGAAAACGAGGAAAAUGCAUGAUGGUAUUACUACCACUAGAGCACCAUGAGUUUCAAAAAUAUUGUGAAAACGAGGGAACUGUAUGAUGGUAGUCUUCUGGAUACUACUAGCGCAACCACUAAACUUAAGUUCUUGAUGAACUAGAAGACAUCUUCAAACACAACAGGAACAUUUCACGAAUACACCGAAGCGGAACUGUUAUCUCUAGACAAGAAGGAAUUUUCAGCGGCAGAAAUGGAGGAAUACAACAAGGACUGGGGGAGCAGUACUGAGAAGCACACGUCAUUCGAUAACGUGAUCGAGAGCCACGAUUUCACAUUCAUCAACUUCUAUGCGGGAUGGUAGUUUGGAAUCUCCAAUGAGUGAUCUAAUCGGAUUUUUAGAUUAAUCCUUGCUUCUGGACACAAUGUGUCUGAUGUAGUACUACAUCAUCACUCCUGAGUGCUGAGAGUGAUGCAGAAAAACAUGCAAGUGUAUGCCUUUCCGACAAUAUGUGCUCCAACAUGUGUCCGUCUGCUUGUCCUGUGUUUCAAGAUGAAGAUCAGGCUCUGCGAGUUCCUCUGUUUAAUUAAAUAUCCUGUCUUUGGUCUUCCUCGGUUCAUCAACACAUUAACCGCAUCCCAAAAGUAGAAUACCAAGCAACGUUUGGGGUAGCAAGAAAUCUAGUGUAAAGAUCUUGAGACAACCACAACAUCAUCGACCUCAUCUUGAUAAUCAUCUCACAUCAUCUCCCUAACCCUACUCUGCACAGGUGCACGCAUUGUCGAAAUUUUGCACCCGAGUGGGACAAGUUCGAGAAAAACACAAACGAAAAGCCAGAAGAGUUAGUGGAUAGUGCUGGGCAGCAAUUGUCUGUGCGUGUGAUCAAGAUCAAUUGCGUCGAUUUUGAGGAUACAUGUAACAGUCAGAACAUCAUUUAAGGCGAGCAGCUGUCGUUCACCUUGACAAGCAAGCAUCUUUGCCGCCCUUUUCUUCAUGGGUCAAAGAUGAGCUUCAAGAUGGAUCUGGGUAGGCUCUAAAUUAUGGGCUUUCCCACAGUCCGACUGUACAAGAGGAGCAUCCAGGUAAAAAAGCAAUGGAAAGAGUACCACGGACAGAGGAAAGCUGAUGAUUAUGGUGGAGGAUGGUUCAGAGUAGUUGUAGUAGAAACUUCUACAGCUCCUGUGUAGUCCAGAGGAUAAACGUGGAGUUUCAACAUCUUUCUCGCGCUAUCAUCUUAAUGAAACUAGAACAACUCGUGUAUCUUCCUGACUCCAAAUACAAGACGAAUAGAUCUUCACUCUAAGGAAAGUUGAUCCCCUGGGUGAAACAGGAAUUGAAGUCGCAGCAGCUGAGACUCCCCGAUGUGCAGUUUCACGACUUCUUUCAAGAAGGAUGCAGAGCAGAAGGCUUCGUCGAGGUCGCAAGAGUCCCAGGUAAUUUACUUAGAAAAAGCUUUUAAGAACAAGAAUUCAGCACUCCGAUAAUUUUGACUUUCCUAGUUGAGCUAGUGGAUGCUGUAGUUGUCGUUGAGUUCUCGUAGAACAUGGAGAUGAUGAGUCCUAGCAGAUCAUGUAACACAGGCUUUGAUAUGUUGAAAGAUCAUGCUCAUCAUGUGCCUGCGUCACCGAUGACGAUUUUCAUAGUACUCAUCGACGCUCAGGCACACUGCAUUUCGAGGCGAGUCAUAGUGGGGAGACGAGUCUCAACUUCGCGUUUACCAACGUGAGUCACACCGUUAACCACCUGUUAUGAAUGGGUUUAAAGUUGUAUCAGUAUCUGUUAUAGAACUAAAUCUACAACUAGAUAACACGUUGUGACUCUCAGUAUAUAUUUACCUAGGAGCGUCGACAGCAAGAACAAGAAGCAGGUCACUAACUCCUCCUGUAUUUCUUUAAUGAAUGAGCUAAGUCUAUCGAUUCCCAGAUCAUGAUGUAGCAGCAUACUGUCAGAGAACAUCCCUGAGCAUCAACUCCCCAUAGAAGCUUAUGUCACGUUCAUUCUUGAGUUUCACCACCGCUGGAGAGCUGAGCAAAUAUCCGACAAGGGUGCCUCGAUCCUUUCAGGAGCAUGUUAAUAUAUUAGACGGACGCACUUUCCUCACUAGCGGAUUCCAUCAAGCGCCACAUCGUAUUUCCUUCUUUGUUCCGAUUAUCGCUCGUAGCUUCCUGCCGUGUUUCUUCUUGCACCAACCUGCGCGCCAGCGGUCACGCUGUUUGCAUUUCUAGGGCGGGGCGGCGGUCCGCAUGAAGUCAGCAGUCCUACGGGUGCGAAAUUCCUACGCAAACGGGGCAACGGCUCUCGCGCAGCUCGCCGGCGUGAGGACUUUAAGGGGGGCAGCUUUUGAAUGCCAUCCCGCGCACCUCUCUACUCGAAUACCACGUCGCUGCCAGUUGCCGGGGAGCAGCGUGCUGAGCCCGUUCAGCGUCGGUUCGUUGAAUUAUGUGCCCCGCCCCUUCGAUUGCCGCCAGAGCCUCCGCGUUUUUCUCAGACAAACAAGGCGAAACAGCCUGACGAGGCGCCCCGGCUCGGCUCUCGCUCUUUUAUCUGGUUCACCAAUGUAGAACGCGGGCGCGGGCUUGGGGAUAUGGCAUCGCGGCGGGCGACCUAGAGGCGCCAAGGGCUGCGGCGUGCCCAUUCAUGCCAGGGCGCAGCAAAGGGAGCCCGCCCGCAGCCGGGUGCUCAUCAACUACGAACAGGACCAGUCUGGCGCGAAUGCGGUUACAAUGAAUACCACACGAAGCACCGGCGCGCGGAAGCCAGCAGCCUGUGAGCGGUUUCCUUGCUAACAUUGAUGGCGACGCGGGUGACAUGUCUCGGGCAUAAAGUAGAUACAUGGCACGGCCGGCGCCGCUCUGCAGGCGCGGACUGCUCGGGGAGGCUUUUCGCUUGUUGUAGAUACCAGCAACACCCACCACGCUACCUCGGGCGAGAAAGUAGACGCGGGGACGACGGAAAAGGGGAAAAGAGGCCGGAAAGGUUCGGAGCCGAUGCGCCUGCUGCCCAAGUGAGGCGCAAAAGAACGCAAAGAACGGGCGCGCCGCGUGCUGUCUUUGUCGUUUCUUCUCGCUUCUGCUCUGGGGGUCGCUUCUGUCUUGGAGGAAGCGGGCCAGCCCUUGGCGUUGAUACCUUUCAGCCAGAUGGCGGCGGCAGACGCCUGCAGCCUGCGCCCUCAGAAACCUGCUAGCGCCCUCAGGCGCUUGCUGUCUGUAUCUUUAGCCUCAGGCACCUGCUGUCUGCGCCGUCAGGCGCUUGCCGCCUGUGCAUCAACAACGCGCACAGGCCUCAGUGGUGUGCAAACGCUUUUAGCAAUCCUGCGAGCGGGCUGCCUCUUGUGGGGGGUUAGUGCUCUGGGCUUGGGAGGGUCGCUGUUGGGUUGAAAAUCAGGGACGUGGAUAGGGCCAGCGGAGUGGCCUGAGAAGGCCGGUGAGCUUUUCCCGGCUCUAGCUUGGAACCAUUGCCUGCCGGCGGACGUCUCGCGUGACACGUUGCGAGGCCAAGCGCGAUCCACUUCUACCGCCAUACGGCCAAAGCGCUCGGCGGCUCGCAGGCGUAUGACUUGGCACAGGACGCGCGUGCCCUCUUGGUCUGGAUCGAUGGGGGCGCCCUCGUCUCUGCGAUGGCCCUGGCCUAGGGAAAACGGUGGCCGCGCUGGGCGUCAUGGAGGAUUUUCGUCGACGCCGGCGCUGCGACGUUCGGUCGUGCAGCUACCUGGGCACGCUAGGCUGCUUGCUCUGCUCCAUUGUGUUUUGCACGCUGUCGCUGUUUACCACGCACCGCGCCCUGGCAGUGACCGCGAACCAAGUGGCGGCGGCUUUCGUCGUUUUCUGUUGCUCUACACCCGCGCCGCUUGGCAUGAAGGGAGUAGGGGGUGCUUCGCGUGCCAGAUUUCUGAGGGCAGCAGGCGCAUGCCCGCCGAAGCUAGCUGGCGCCUUUGGGCGUGUGGUAGUCUGCUCCCCUGUUGUGGUUCUGCAUGUUGUGGCGUGCUGGGAACGAAGGAAAAAAGAGAAGAAGGGGUCGGUGGUGCUUUUGCUUUGUUUGUUUGGUUGCUUGCUUGUUUGCAGGAGGCAGAGCGCGCUGACUGUGCACAGACUUGGCAGGCCACCGGUAGGCCCGCCGCAGACUGGGGCGCCGGAAAUGCCUGCUGGAAAUGCCCACAUCUGAGGGCUUUGGCCAUGCUUGCCCCGUGGUUUCUCGGCUUGUCUUUUGUUAGGUUCGGCCAAAGUGGGGGCUGGCCCCGUCUCUCUCUCCUAGCUGGGUCGCCUAUGAAAAAACGAGUGCUGCUCGCCUUGCCUAGGCUAGUCGCUUCACCCAGCAGAAACGGCAGCACCCAGCUGACCCAGCCCCUCCUUCUUCUUAGAGAGUAUUUUGUCUGAAGGACCUACAUUGUUACGCACGACCUGGGGUCAUCAAUUGCUUAUGUAUCAUCGAUCUGUACUGAAAUGCUGACAACAGAAAAUCCUUAAUCAGUGUCGACGCCAUCUUUCUUCUACUUCAUCUUCAUCUCUCUACCAUCUAUCAAUCACCAUCAACAGAUUACAUCCAAGUGGUAUCAACCUUUUUCGAGAAGGAGAAAUCGCGGUCGUACCAGUUAACGCAUCAGCAGAGGCUCGCAGGAGUCCAAAAGACUGCAACGCCGCAAGCGAAAUUUUCGUACCAACUGUCGCCGGUAGAAGUUCGUGUAACCACUUCGGGAAAAAAGUGGUACGAGUUCCUCACAUCAUUUUAUGGCAAAGGACUCUUGUUCUAAGAAAGUACUCAGUUGGAGAUAGUCUGCUGGUCUCCUUGUUAGACACCGUCUAGUCCAUUCAUCGUCAUGCUUAGUUGGCGAAUUCUUGUUGGAUUUCAUUUUGCAAUUUUAGAUACGUUAUAGAACAAAGGGUAGCCAUCUAAUCUCCGCUGGCCAUCGUUGGCGGUGCUUUCACGGUUACGGGAAUGCUUCAGGCAAGCACAGCAGCAGCAAAGAGGGCUUUGAAGAAGGGGUCACUCGGCAAAAUGGUGUAACGUUCCACGAAUUUGUUAGAAGAUGGAAGAGGAUGGAGGAUUAAACACCUGUUGUAAGCUGUAAAGAUUCUAAGAGCUAAACUGCGAAUUUGAACAACGUCAAGAAAACAAUGUAUAAUUUAAUGAAACUCCAACGACACUUCUUAACUUAAUAUCCAUAACGAGUCAUACGAACUAGAACUAGCACUAGGUUGCAGAUUGGGUAUCUUUUUGGUCUGGUACGACGUAAGCGUGAUUGAAGCAAAAUAAAGGUUAAGGUCGUUAAGAAAAAGAUUUACGUUACUGCAGCUUCGCUUGUGGAAUUUUUUUGACUCUCUCAGUUACGUUACUGCAGCUUCGCUUGUGGACCUUUCGCGUGGAUGUAGGUUUUUGCUUAUGAAGAUGACGAAUAUGAAUAGCUUAUUUGUGACAGGUCGGUGAGGUUCGAUGUCUAGGAAGAUGUCAGCAUCCGUAUGAAUAGUCGUAUUGAUAGUCGAGUGAAAUUAAAAAACAUGAUAUGCGGCAGUGGUGAUCGUGAUGAAUGAAUGAAAGUUGUGGAUGCUCUAAUUUUGCUGUUAAUAAAUUGUAUUCUUAAGCCUUCUACUGUAGUAGAGUCAGCUUGCUUACUAUGUAUAUUGAUCGGUCGAAAUCCAAUAUGUUUAUAUUGAGGCUAAGGCUAUGCUGGCUAUCUACUUUACAACAAUUGUACAAUGAAAAGAUGUCAAGAUUCUGGUGAUGUGUGUGGACUAGAUCGAAGAUGUAAAAAUUUCAAGAAGAUUCCAAUGGCACGACUGCGGACUUCAACCAACCACCUCCAUCUUUGUUGAGUAAAAUUCCUUGAGCAAGAAGAUCAAGGUCAAGGUUCACAAGAAUUAUCACUUCAGAAACAAGAAUUAUCACUUGCUACAUGAUAGAUUCAUCAUGUUGUUCUAGCUCUGCCCACGUGCACGUGCGCUGACUUCCGUAAU